GUCAGCGGACCGGUAAUUCAAACCGGAUUAUCCGGUGUCGGUUAUCCAAAAACGGGUAUUUAUUUCCGAGUUUAUGACUGGAUAGAUAUAGCAAAUAGGUGCGAUGUUGUUGGGAUCGAUAUUUUGUGUUUAUCGUUGUGAAAACGGCGUUUGAACGGCUAGCCUCGGCUAGCGUCCACCUCAUCAGUCAGACGAGCGGUUCGUCUGUUUCUCACGGAGCACUAAAUAUCGCUUUUCAAACCAACUCUUUCGGUUUCUUCUGAAAACUCGGAUGUGAGUAAUGCGGUUUAGGUACAACCAAGAACACGGUUUGACUUUAUCACACAAAUUUGUGAAUGUUUAAUGUUUUUCAUCCGAGUAGUGCAGAGUUGAACAGUAAAGCUAGCCGGUUAGCUAGCACGAGCUUCAGGACUGUGGUAAAAGUUUAAUUAACUUUUUUUUUUUUUUCUGGGGGUUCUGUGAGACUUUAUUCUACAAACUAAACUGUAAAACUCGUACAAAAAUAUAAACUCGUAAAAAAAAAAAGUUAACUUCUUGUGCUCCGGUCCUCCCGCGCUUUAUUUCGCAUGAUGCACCAGCAGGGCUCGUUCGCCUCGCCCAUCCUGGGGGAUGUGUUGUGUCAGUGCCGCUCGGACGAGUAUCGGCUCUCGGACCCAGGCGGCGGGGUUGAUGUCGGGGUUAGUGCUGUGAUCCCAGCGGCGAAAGACGAACUGCAUGUCUGCGUGGUGUGUGGCGGCCCCGAGCAGGAGCAUCGCCUCAAGGUCCUGUUCCAGAUCCUGGACGUGAACAGGGACGGAGGGAUCUGUGUGAACGACCUGACCAUCGGCUUGAAGAAACUCGGGCUCCAUCGCACCGAGCAUGAGCUUAAGAAAAUUGUGAAAGCUGGAGAUAAAGACCUGGAUGGUCAACUGGACUUUGAGGAGUUUGUGCAUUACCUGAGGGACCACGAGAAGAAGCUUCGGCUGGUCUUUAAAAGUCUCGACAAGAAGAAUGAUGGUCACAUCGAUUCGCAGGAGAUCAUGCAGUCGCUCAGAGAUCUGGGUGUCCACAUCUCAGAGCAGCAAGCUGAGAAAAUCCUCAAAAGCAUGGACAAGAAUGGGACAAUGACCAUCGACUGGAAUGAAUGGAGGGACUACCACCUGCUUCAUCCUGCAGACAACAUCCCUGAAAUCAUCCUGUACUGGAAGCAUUCAACAAUAUUUGAUGUAGGGGAGAGUUUGAUGGUGCCUGAUGAGUUCACGGCAGAGGAGAAGAAGACAGGGAUGUGGUGGCGCCAUCUGGUGGCGGGAGGUGGAGCUGGCGCGGUGUCUCGCACCUGUACAGCUCCGCUGGAUCGACUCAAAGUUCUCAUGCAGGUGCACUCCUCUCGUAUGAACACCAUGUGUAUCGCCGGUGGUUUCUCUCAGAUGAUCCGUGAAGGUGGUGUACGGUCACUGUGGCGAGGAAACGCCAUCAACGUCUUAAAGAUUGCACCUGAAUCCGCCAUCAAGUUCAUGGCCUAUGAGCAGAUAAAGCGGCUGAUUGUCAGCGAUCAGGAGAAGCUGGGAAUUCUGGAGCGGCUGGUUGCAGGAUCUCUGGCUGGUGCCAUUGCACAGAGCAGUAUCUACCCAAUGGAGGUUCUGAAGACUCGACUAGCCCUAGGAAAGACGGGUCAGUACUCUGGCAUCGUGGACUGCGCCAAACACAUAUUUCAGAAAGAGGGCUUGGCAGCGUUUUACAAGGGCUACAUCCCAAACAUGCUCGGCAUUAUUCCCUACGCUGGAAUAGACCUGGCUGUCUAUGAAACUCUGAAGAACUCAUGGCUACAGAAGUAUGCUACGGACAGUGCAGAUCCUGGUGUGUUUGUCCUCCUAGCCUGUGGCACCAUGUCCAGUACUUGUGGCCAGUUAGCCAGUUACCCCUUAGCCCUGGUUAGGACGCGUAUGCAGGCUCAAGCAGCGACAUUGGACGGAGCACCUCAGGUGACCAUGAGCAGCCUGUUCAGACAUAUUGUGCGGACAGAAGGUGCGAUGGGGCUCUACCGAGGUCUGGCACCCAAUUUCAUGAAGGUCAUCCCUGCAGUCAGCAUCAGCUACGUGGUAUACGAGAAUCUAAAAGUCACACUGGGUGUCCAGUCCCGGUGAAAAACUGGCAGAGCUUUUCCUUUUAAGCUUUUUUUUGUUGUUGUUUGGAUGCAAAAUGGACCUGGUGGUGAGGAGAGAAGGGGACAAGCAAUCUUGGGUGGCGAGACCUGAGGUUUAAGUCAACGUUCUCAUUCUGUGAAUGCCAGAGGGGCCAAGGAGGGUAGGAUCAAAGAACACUAAGAGUGAACACUAAGAACCCAAACCAGAAGGUGGACAUGUGGUGGUGUGCUGAGGAAUCCUACAUUUUUAUUGUUCUUAGAAUUCCCAAAUUAUAGUAGCAUGCUUCACUAGGGACCAAGAAGAUGCACCACUGUUUGUGGCAUCUUAAGGAGGAGACUAAAAUGGUCUUUCACUGCUCAUGUGUGUGCUUUUAAUCCAGUAGGUGGCAGUGUUGAAUGUCAAGGGCUUAAGACCAGUGCACCAAAUCCUACCCUCCGUUUUAUGUAUCUAAGCACUACAUUUCAGUCAUUGUCUGUCUUAAUUUAUUAAGAUAGUUUAGGUGUUCUGUGCAGGACCGCAAGGUUCCUUCAAAAAACAAGCAGCAAUCCAUGUAGCUGAUGUAUAAAGAUGUAAAGACCUUAAUUUGAAGAAUGAUGUCUUCAUGUGUUUGUUUUACAUGCUGUAAACAUCUAUCUAUUUAUUUAAUUAUACGAAAAGUUGGAAAGAACAUGUAAGCAGCGGAUUUAAUACUUAACUGUGGUUGGUACCGAGUGUUUGCGUUCAUUAUCGCACUCGGUAAUUGACUUAUCAAUUACUGUCGAUCACAUUCACCAAUCUGGAUGAAGAGCUGACUUCAGUGAUUUAUUGUAAAAGUUGUAGUUCUUGUAUAGAGGUGGAAUAUUAGUGUUUUUAAAAAAAAAAAAAUCCAUUCACCCCAUGAUGGGAAUCAACUCACUUCAGUUUCAUGUGAAUGAAUUCAAUCAAGUUGCUGUUUUGCACCUUAUGUGAAGCCUUUGCAUUUCAUUUUCAGUGUUGGUGCACAAGCGUGUCUUGUUCUUAUUGUGUUUUGUGAACAGAAAUGACCUCGAUUAUUUGGGGGGGGCACCUCAGGAACUUUAGGGUUAUCUACGGAAUGCACACUUGAAUCUUGACUGAAUUAUGUUUGAAUGAGAACUGUGGGUGUUUUAAAUAUAAUAUAAAUCCUUUGUUCAGGUUGUAGGAGGGCUGAAAGGGAAGUGCUUUUUUUUUUUAAUAAAAAAAAGACUAAUGCUCUGCUGCACGGCUUGCAAAUUGUGCUCCCUUACCAGGCUUCAGGGACCUGGUCUCAAUUUAAUAUUUCUGAUUCAAGACAAGGAUGUGGCAUUCCAGGAUGUGUGUUAGACAGCACUGUAUGACGUAGUGACUCCAGAACAGGGGGUGGGUUUUUUUUUUCUCUUUCUUCCCCCCUCUCCACUUGUUAUAGCAGCUAAGAAAGAUCCUUUAAAAAAAAAAGUUCCUAUAUAUAUAUGUUAACAUGCGUAUAUGUGCACUUCUCUAAUCCUGUGCAUGGAUGAGUUUGGUGUCGAUCUGCAUCCAGACAGAGAUCAAAUUGGAAGCUAGCUCUGCUGUCCCAGUAUUUCCUGUAAGACAGCACUGCGUUCACGAAACUAAUUUUAAUGAAGGAUAAGUCACCAUGGGUGAAGGUUACUAUCAACAAUUUAUAGGUUAUGUACACGUUCAGAUAGUUUUCCCAUGUUUGCUUUGUGCUGCUAAUAGAGAGUUAAAGUUCCCCUUAGAAUCACUAUAUUAACUUUUUAACCACCCCUCUUAGUUUGAAUUGAUAAACUUGUGCAUUUUCAGUACAACGUCAGCUAAAUUUAAAGUGGCUUCUAAUUGGUAUGCAGGUUUAUGGGAGAAUGUAAGGUGUAGACGGCAGUAGCUUGGGUCGAAUGCUAUACUAGGUUCAUUCUAAGCUAUAAUUUCCAACAUUGGAUCAAUUGUCUGCGUUAAUGUCUUAAAAUUGCACUGCACAGCACAACUGUUGCAGAUUCAAAAAAAAAAAAAAAGAUUCUGUGCCUCUUUUGUAAGUGGACUAAAGUGGGGCAGUAUUCUCUUCUUCCCUCCCACUUAACUUCCUAUUGGUUUUCUGCAUGCAUGUAAUCUAUGUGCUGUGUAGAAAUGUGUUCAGUUGUUAAAGCUGAAUACUGAACAGGGCUAUACCGAUAGCUUUGCCUCAAAGUGGAUGCCUCUGCUUCUGUUGCAUUUUGCCCUUUUUUGAGGCAACCUGUAUGCUAGAAGUGACUGACAGAUCGCAAGUAUUUCUACGCCAUCAGAUUGAUGGUGUACUUGUAAUAUUACCCGAGAUGCAAAUGUACAAAAAGAGCUGCACCAUCAACACACUGCCUGAUGUGUAUGCUAUGUAGUGUCUUACCUUCAGUAGGCACCGUCUGGUAGCCUUUAUUAUAUGUACAGCUUUUGUAAAACUGGAAAAUGUACUAGAAUGCUGCUUUAAAUCCAGGGGGUGUCUGAGGACACAUUUAGGUGACUGGAUAAGACCAUUUGUUUUACUGCUGUGAGAUGUGGUGAAUUGCUGGUAUAUGACUGGUACUGACUUACAAAUGAAAUGAUGCGACUAGAUGAGUUUGCUGUUUACAUGUCAAGAAGAACUUCAAUGUGUAUCUGAUAUGAACUGGGGCAAGUCUGACUUUUUAUUUUUAAGCUUGUAAUCAGAGAUGUAUGUGAAUAUCUGAACCCCAAGGCUGAUAUAAUCAUGAGCUGAAAUGCAAAUGUGUACCGGAGUCCGUCCCUGACAAAAUCCUGAUGUGAAUGUUGAAGUAUAUUUGUUUAUAUAAGAACAAAUUUCAAUAAAGUUAUUAUUUCAAUAC